AUGUCGUCUUCGAUCCCCCCAACGGGAACCUUUAUCCAGCCUCAGCAGCAGCAGGCUAGUGAACGAUCUGUCCUCCUCGCCCGAGGCCCUGUCCCCCACGAUCAGCACUCGCCCCUGACUUCGCCUUCAUCAAGUUACACGGGACGAAACAGUGCUUCGGCAAAGCGCAAGCGACCGCGUCGCGCGAGCAGUUGGUUCCCUUCCUGCUGUGGCUCUGACCCUGCCCUGUACGAUGACGACGGAGCAGGUAAAAGGAAAUUGCCGGUCGAGUACCAGAGCAAGCUUGUCAUCAAGCAUCAUGUCCCCACUGUCAGCCAUCACAUUGAGAUCUGCACGCCCCCUCCUUCCUCUCCACCUCAAGUCAUUGACCUGCCCCUCCCUCUGCCCUCGUUUUCCUCGGCGGGCCACUCUUCCACCACGAUUUUCUCUCUUGGCUCUCAGGCCGUCUUUGCCACGCCCACUGCCGCUGCGUACGGCGACGCAGCCACCGUGACGCCGGCAUCUUCCGCCUCGACCAACUCCUACUCGCGUUUCCAGGACGCAGCCGAGGGGCGGCAGGGCCGACUGCGAGCGGCACCAGCGAGCGCACAGACGCUUGCCAGUCUCACUGCCUCCCCGCCAGAUGGCCUGCGCCCGGUUUCGUCAAUGGUGGAGAUUGGCGGACGCCUGGCGAAGGGCGUGCUCACCAGCCGUGAAAUUUGCUGCGAAGAGAUUCCACAACGGCGAGGAGCAGACGAAAAGCGCAGAAGGAGGCGUCUCGGCAACAUCGAACACUAUGAUGAGAAUGUGCGAGCGUACCUCGGUGCGCUUCAGCAUCCUUCCAUGGAUGGCGACCGCCUCGAUCGGGAAACCCACAAUCAGCAAGCAGAAGCAGAAAAUCCAGAAAAGAGGCUCUCGACUGCCUCGACGCUGAGCCGGUACUCCUCCCAAUCAACGGGAGGCGACGGCGUCGACGACAACAACGGCCGAUCGAAACGACAAGACCAGGCCAGCUUCGUUUCUGGCAAAGUCUCGCACUCUUCGAUAGAGCAUUCAACGUCGAGACGACGCGCGACAGCUUCGUGCACCUCGUCUUCGGCAGCGUCAUCGAUGAUCGAACAGAGCAGGAGCAGUGGCGCCCUCUCGGAGAGAAGUCCGCCAAUCGGAGACGUCCUCUGCCAGUUUCCCAGCCUCGUCACGCUGCAGGGCGACCGCAAGUUGGGCAUGGCAAGCUUAGUCGGGGGCGCCACUCGACUGAGGGGCUUCGAUGUUGAUGACAGUCAUGACGACGAUGACGUUUACGGGAAAGGAGAAGAAGUAGAUAGGGCAAGCAUUACUUCUUCGGACAUUGAAGGUCUCCUUGUCAAGGCGGGCACGGUCUCGGAUCGCGACAAUCAAAGUCCUAGUCACUCAACUGACUGGCAGAAUAAGCUCGUUCCGGAGAACAGUAUGCAGUCUGAGACGCCGAGUAGGGACAACAUGCACAGGCGCAAAGAAUCGGGCGCACACUCGCUGCGCUCCAUGAAAAGCGUCCGGACGCUCAAGAGAGCCGCCAACGACGACGGCUCCAGUGCUUCUUCACCUGCCGCAACACCCCGUCACAGCCGCAAGAGAAAUGCGAGUGUCUCUUCGGCCAGAUCGUCCAGUGGAGCUCCUCGCUCUUCGCCCCCCGAGUUGCCCCUGCCGCCGGUGCCAGCAACAGCAGGGGGAGGAGGCCCACAGUCGGUCAGAAGGGCCACCGUCGGCACCUCGGCGCCUUCCUCCUCCUCUUCCAAAGCCGGCGUCCUUGCUGCUGCGCACCAGAAGCGGACGACGGCACCUGCCCGUGUCCGGCUCGAGGCCUCCGCCGCGGCGCUCCAUCGGCAACGAGCACAGGGGCAGUUCCCUCACGCCGGUACUUCCUACUGUCGUGCCUCUCCCAAUCGUGGCUCCUACUACGAACAGGGACAGUCCAUCGCACUGUGA